UGAUGAUGUUUUCGAUGUAUUUAAACUUGAUUCACGACAAUUCGAUGAAAUGAAAGAAAAACAUUUUUUCAAGCUACGGAAUGGACAAUAUGUUGUUAAACCUGGAAUCGCAAGCAGUUUAUCAUUUUUAACAAAAUUGUUAAAAGCAAAGCAAGAAGAACAGCAAUCAUUAACAGACGAUGGUGAUCAACAAGAGCGAACAAACGAUUUCAUUAAUAAUCAUCCAUUACUGAAAUCACUAGUUUCAUGGUAUCAGCACAAUGAUAAUGAUAACAAUAAAAAUGAUUGCAAGCAUUCAUACCAUGAUUCAGUUAAGAAAUUUGCCGCUGCGUUAUAUAUCUUGGGAGGAAAACAAGCUUAUCAAUUCGUUCGUCUGAACUUAUACGGCUCGCUACCAAGUUUAACAACAUUGAAUGCGAUAAUAAUGAACACUCAUCUGAAAAUAGAUGAGGGAAAUUUUAGAUUUGAUCUAUUGGAACAACAUUUUGAUUCACCAAAUACAAAAUUUUGUUUUUUAUCUGAAGACUGCACGGGAGUUAUUCGAAAAGUUAAAUAUGACACCACAACAAAUAGCUUCGUAGGAUUUACAACACCACUCAAGAAUGGAAUACCAAUACCACAAUAUUAUAAAACGGAAUCAUUUGAAGAAUUAAAGUUUUGGUUUGAUACAAUCGAAAAAGCACCACUUCUGAACGUACACAUGGUUCAGCCGAUACCAUCAUCAUCAGACGAAAGACGUGUUCCGAUCCCGUUUUUAUUAGGUGCUUAUGGUGUUACUAGCAAGUUCACGGCUAAUGAUGUUUUACAUCGAUGGAUGUUUAUAUUCGAAAAUUCCUUCGAAAAAGAAAUCAGAAUAAUAGGUUUUUCAACAGAUGCUGACAACAAAUACAUGCGUGCAAUGCGUCUGGCUAGUGGAUUUUUCGCUUCCCUUCCACAUUUCAAAUUUCACGAUCAUCUUCAUUUAUUCAAAAUACAAUUACCGUCUCAAUGGUCAUGGUUCUAUCUUCGACCACAACAACUUCUCUUAUUCUUUCAAGAUCCAAUUCAUCUUGUCACCAAAUGGCGAAAUCGACUAUUAUCAACAACAGCAGAUUUGUGUCUUGGACAAGAUCGAAUCACUAUGGAGCACUUACGAGAUAUUCUUAAUAGUGAUCAGUACACAAAACUAGAUCAUGGCUUGACCAAAUCUGAUUUGAACCCAAAAGACAGACAAAACUAUAGCUCAUCUGUGAAAUUAGUAUCGAAUGAUUUAUUGAAUUUAUUGGCUGAUAGAACAGAUGCUCAUGGUACUCUAGUUUAUUUACAGUCAUUGAAAAUGAUAAUCACAGCAUACAUUGAAAAAUCUACGACUAUUACUGAGCGCUUAGAAUCAUCAUGGUGCCUAGUAUUUGUGUGUCGUUUAUGGUGGUCGUGGACUAAGAAUUUGAAAGUUUCCAAACCAUCGAAAACUACAACAGUAAAAACAAAUAAAAAGAUGAAUAGCAAUGGCAAAUAUUUCAUUACCAAGCCAGCCUAUUUAUCCGUGGAAAUCAAUGCUCACAAUUUACUUUAUUUAGUUUUACUAGUGCAACAGAAACAAUUACCAAAAGAGGCCUUAAAUAUAUAUUUAUUUAAUUCUCAGGCGUGUGAAUCGACGUUUCGUAAUACAAGAUCAUUGAGUGGUGCAUUCUCAACAAUAGUCAAUUUUACAGUAAAUGACUUUCUUCGACGUUCACAAAAACUGUCCAUGUUGAACAAAAUGAAAUGUGAUCAAUCCAAUGAAAGCUUAUUAUUUCCUGUACAUCACAAACAUAGACAAGACACGCAUUUAUUAUCGACACUCCAUUUGGAAGAUAUUGAUGAACUAGACAUCGAACAAAUAAUAUUGAAUGCAUAUUACAGAGCGAUCAAUCUUAUUCAACAUUCAAAGAUAUCAGCAUUAUUAAAGGAACGUGGUAUUUUUGCUUUAGAGUCAUUAAGUAACUAUGUUUACAAACAAUUAAAUACAAACUCAAGAUUGUUUGAUUACUCUACACAAACAACAAAUGACGACAGUGAUGAAUUGGAACUAGAUGAGGACGAGGAUGAUGCCGAUGAUACAACAAACAGUGAUGCUGAAGACAACGAAGAACUAUUAGAGUCAAUCGGUGAAACCGGCGACAAUAUUGAUGAAGAAGUCAUGACUUCAAUAAAAUCAACUUUCUCCGGCAUCAAUAUUGUAGAUAAAGUUAGUCCGCACUUGAACAAUUCAUAUUUCAAAAUCAAAAUUAACGAAGAUUGGCAAUAUUUGCAUAAAGAAUCAGCAUGCUGGAUUUUAACUGACACAAAAGCUCAUUCAUCAAGUGAUCGUCUCUCUCGUGUAAUUGAAACAGGUCAGAACGAUCAAUAA